AUGAGGCAAGGCUAGACAGCCAGCGCGAGCGAAGAGCUCUGCUGGGAUCACAGCUUUCCUGCUGGACCCAUCAAGUCAGACUCACGUGUAGAUCGGAAGGAUCAAACCAAGGCUACGCAACCAGCUGCGCCCACUGAGCGCCGCCCAGAUGUGCCCGGAGCGGCAGGAAGUCAAAAACUAGGGGAGGAGAGAGAAGAAAAGGAUCGUGAGUGACAGACUAGAAUGAGAGUGAAUGGGAGCAAACGACGCGGCCCCCGCGCCAGGUCACCCUGCCCCACGUGCGCACACCCCCAGAGAACACUCCCGGGGAGGCCUGUGAAGCAGCCGCAGUAAAAGAGGGAGGAAUACAUAUCCUGAAGUUGGAAAAGACUCAGCCCUGGUUACCAUGUCCCUUGCUUUCUGAACUUCUCGUUUUGGUCUACUGCGGGUAGGAGUUUUUCUUGCCAUCCCCCUCACUUGAAUUCCUCCAAAACUCAUCCUGCCCUCCUCCUCCACUGUAGACCUCCCUCCUGCUUCCCUUUCCCACCCGCUCCCACCCCCAAGCAACGAGGCCUUCAAUCCGUACACCUCCCGGGUUGGAGAUCUCAGUUACAAAGUUGGGGAGGGGGUACUGAGUCCGGGAAGGACCACGGCGACCGGCAGGGUGCCCUGCGGCUGUCCUUGGCUUGGUCCACACCUGAGUGGUUCCCUGGGCGCGACCCCUCCUCUCCUCCCAGCGUCGGCGCUCAGACAUUUGUGCGCUGCUACCGCGCAUUCGCAGCUCCCUAGCGGCUAGAGGGGGAACCAGCACAGGGGAUGGAGAGAGUAAGGUUGCGCGAGUGGGAGGAACCCACCUCGGGAGCCCGGGAAAUCCCGGCCGUGCCACCGCCCCCAACUUUGUGGCGCCCUCAAGCAGCGGCUGCAAGGAUGGAGCUGCCUCCCCGCGGCCGGGCGCCUCUGGACUCGCCGGUGGACAGCGCCUCCCUGACCUCGCUGGAAUCCAGCGUCUUCUGUAGCGAGGGCGAAGGGGAGCCCCUGGCUCUCGGGGACAGUUUCACGGUCAACGUGGGUGGCAGCCGCUUCGUGCUCUCGCAGCAGGCGCUGUCCUGCUUCCCGCACACGCGCCUUGGCAAGCUAGCCGUGGUGGUGGCCUCGUGCCGGCGCCCCGGGUCCCUGGCCGCCGUGCCCAGCCCCCUGGAGCUCUGUGACGACGCCAAUCCCGUGGACAACGAGUACUUCUUCGACCGGAGCUCGCAAGCAUUCCGCUACGUCCUACACUACUAUCGCACCGGCCGCCUGCAUGUCAUGGAGCAGCUGUGCGCGCUCUCCUUCCUCCAGGAGAUCCAGUACUGGGGCAUCGACGAGCUCAGCAUUGACUCCUGCUGCAGGGACAGAUACUUUCGAAGAAAGGAGCUGAGUGAAACUUUAGACUUUAAGAAGGACACAGAAGACCAGGAAAGUCAACAUGAGAGCGAACAGGACUUUUCACAAGGACCUUGCCCCACUGUCCGCCAGAAGCUCUGGAACAUUCUGGAGAAGCCUGGGUCUUCCACCGCUGCCCGAAUCUUUGGUGUCAUCUCGAUCAUCUUCGUGGCAGUGUCCAUCGUCAACAUGGCCCUGAUGUCAGCCGAAUUAAGCUGGCUGGACCUGCAGCUGCUGGAAAUCCUGGAGUACGUGUGCAUUAGCUGGUUCACCGGGGAGUUUGUCCUGCGCUUCCUGUGCGUGCGGGACAGGUGCCGCUUCCUGAGAAAGGUGCCAAACAUCAUAGACCUCCUUGCCAUCUUGCCCUUCUACAUCACUCUUCUGGUAGAAAGCCUGAGUGGGAGCCAGACUACACAGGAGCUGGAAAACGUGGGGCGCAUCGUCCAGGUUUUGAGGCUGCUCAGGGCUCUGCGCAUGCUCAAACUGGGCAGGCAUUCCACAGGUUUACGCUCACUUGGAAUGACCAUCACCCAGUGUUAUGAAGAAGUUGGCCUGCUGCUCCUAUUUCUGUCUGUGGGAAUUUCUAUAUUUUCAACUGUGGAAUAUUUUGCUGAGCAGAGCAUUCCCGACACAACCUUCACAAGUGUCCCUUGUGCAUGGUGGUGGGCCACGACGUCCAUGACUACCGUGGGAUACGGGGACAUUAGACCAGACACCACCACGGGCAAAAUUGUGGCCUUCAUGUGCAUCUUAUCGGGCAUCCUGGUCCUGGCCUUGCCUAUUGCUAUUAUUAACGACCGCUUCUCUGCUUGCUACUUCACCUUAAAGCUCAAGGAAGCAGCUGUUAGACAGCGCGAGGCUCUAAAGAAGCUCACCAAGAAUAUAGCCACUGACUCAUAUAUCAGUGUUAACCUGAGAGAUGUGUAUGCCCGGAGUAUCAUGGAGAUGCUUCGAUUAAAGGGCAGAGAAAGAGCAAGUACUAGGAGCAGUGGAGGAGAUGAUUUCUGGUUUUGAAUUCACUUUUGGUUUACUUACAAACACUUGUGUAAAACUAACUCGGUUGAUAAAGCCUUGAUGUGGAGGUCUGU